UCUGAAAGUUCAGAGAAAUCACUUCCGUUGUUGACGUUUAUGAGUGACCGCUAUACUGUAUUUUUAAAGUUAACGACUGUUUAGUUUUCUUAUGUAGGAGCCGUCUCGCACUACCGAGUGGGACACGGACGACGUCUUGAUAAAUUUACUUUUUUUUUUAAACUCAAAUAAUAUUGAUGUUUCGGACUGUUUUCAUUGUCUUUGUGCGUUGUUGACGCCACUUCAUGGAUCUCUUUCUUCCACCUGCGUGACUGCCAAGCAUGCCGACCCACACGGUGACCGUGCUGGCCGCUCUGUCCUUGUGUUUGGGUCGGUGCGCGGUGUCCGAGUACCACAACUCAUCAUGUGACAAUGGGAAGACAUUUGUGGAAAGGGACCUACCUUUAGAUGCUGCCUACAAGACAUGUCCUGUAUCUGCCUGGUCUGACUCCACUCAGGUAACCAUGGAUACAAGGAUCCCAAGUGUUUACACAGUGUAUAAUCCGGAGCCCGCCAGGCAGAUCUGCAUGGAUAAGCCUAUUUCCUACCACCACAAGAUCCCUAACAGUGGCGCAUACAGGCCGGUCAGAGCAGAGAGCGGCGAGUAUUUGUACUGCCCCCCUCAACGCUGGCUCAAUAAUCUGCAUCAUGGAGCUGCUGUAUUGCUCUAUCAUCCCUGUGCUGCUGUCAGCGAGCGGCUCUUUCUGUCCGUCCUGGCCAACUCCUGUCUGCCUGACUACAUCAUCAGCCCACAUCCAUGGCUCAGUGAAUCCACGCCAAUAGCGUUGGUGUCUUGGGGGCGAACGUUGGAGCUGUCCACCGCCGCAUCUUUAGACGUUUGUCAUUGGCUGCAGAGCACGAUGACCACAAGUGAACGGAUCCGUGGAAAAUACAACCUGCUGUUGACCCUGUCAUCUGAACAGAAGCACACGCAUGGAAAGGAAGUACAGACCGAGCCCAAGGAGUCUGUGCGGCAAUGCUGUGAGCGGAUCAUCUUGUUGUGGCUGAAAGAAACGCUCCAGGCAAGAAAAGAUUCCCCGCUUAAGAACAGAAACAGGGAAUCAAGGAAACGGCAAAGAAGAGCUGCUAUCCGGUCCAAACUGAAGAAGGUUGCAAUGAGGACCAUAAAAGCAAACGGUACAACUCAGGCACUCGAUUUUUUGACAAAGCCAAAACUGAAAACCACCACCAAUAAUCCUGAGGACCCUUUAAACCACAACAGCGCUCAAGGACCUCCAAUAGCUUUUCCAAGCCAUGGCCUGAGGGAUGCAACACCUGCCACCGAGAUGCAAAAUCAGGCUCUCUCAGCCUGGCCCCCAAACAUGCCAGGGGCGACACACAAAACACCACUCAGGGUUCCCGGACACAGUGCCAGUGCUCAAGUUAAAGGCUCCUUGGAACAGAACAAGCCAGCGAGAUAUGGCCCCACUGCAGAAAGACAAGUGCUGGAUAGUACAGAAGUAGACUUCAGAGUGAGAGGGAUGGACAAAGAUGACACUUAUUUAUUAAAAAUACAAGACGGGCCUCCACCCUCAAAACACUCCAAACCAGCAGUAGUGAAUUACUUACCUGAUUGUGGUAGCUGCAUCCAAGACCAACAGUGUACUUGCAAGGAAGACUUCAAGGGCCGGGCCUCGCUUGCAGGCAACGGGUUGCCGAGACCCCCCAGGUCCGAUGAGGCGGUGUGGGCUGCAGCGGCAUUGGGCUUCUUGCUGGUUCUCCUCACGCUGUCUGUGUUGCACACACGCCUCUACCGCCACUGGAGGACCAUGCCCAGUCUCUACUGGCACGACGCACGGCAGGACUAUGACAGUGUGGCAGAUGUUAUUCGUAGGAGGCUGCAAAUUGCAAAGAAGAGGCGGAAAAGAGGCAGAAGACAAGAGUGCGCUCUCUUGCCCGGUACUUCCAGCUCAGAUGAACUGAUGUAGGCAAAAGGAGGAAUUAUUGUUUGGUUUGGUGGACUUGCUGAAUUCAAAAGGACAUUUUACAUUCUAGUCUUGUAGAUGUGCCGUAUUGAACAUGUUACUGGCAGACAGGAGCUCCUCAAUACCAUACAGUCACCAUAAACAUCGCAUGCAGGUACGGUAAAGAUACUAUGUUUGGAAAACUAAUAUUGGAUUUUUUAACAACCAGACCUCAACAUACACUAAGCAACGUUUUUAGAUUUUAUUGUACAUUGUGUCCUAGAGUACUAACAAGUCAGCACAUUCAGGUAUUAAGUCACCUGUUUUGACCUACCAGUUUAGUUAUACUUUUUGUAUACUUUUUAAGUAAAUCCAGUCGUAAAACGUGUGGUAUUGUUUUGUUCUUUUGCCACAUGCUGUAAUAUUUGGUAAGUAUUCUGGGUGACAUGACUUUAUUGAAUAUAAUAAAGCAGUGUUUCUCAACCUUAUUCCAUUGAUGUACCCCCUGUGAACAUUUUUUUAAUUCAAGUACCCCCUAAUCAGAGUAAAACAUUUUUGGUUGAAAAAAAGAGAUAAAGGAGUAAAAUACAGCACUAUGUCAUCAGUUUCUGAUUUAUUAAAUUGUAUAACAGUGCAAAAUA